CAUCUCGCUUUCUCUCUCGGUUUGCUCCUUCUCAUGUGUGCUUAGGGAGAACCAUAGUGAGAUCGAGAGACGCAGGAGGAACAAGAUGACCCAGUACAUCACCGAGCUCUCUGACAUGGUGCCCACCUGCAGCGCCUUGGCGCGCAAACCCGACAAGCUGACCAUCCUACGCAUGGCAGUGUCUCACAUGAAGUCCAUGAGGGGCACUGGGAACAAAUCUACCGAUGGAGCAUAUAAGCCUUCUUUCCUAACCGAGCAGGAAUUGAAGCACCUUAUCCUAGAGGCGGCUGAUGGUUUUCUCUUCGUGGUGGCUGCGGAAACAGGCCGGGUGAUCUACGUCUCGGAUUCGGUUACGCCCGUCCUGAACCAGCCCCAGUCGGAGUGGUUCGGCAGCACCCUCUAUGAGCAGGUUCACCCGGAUGACGUUGAAAAGCUGAGGGAGCAGCUCUGUACCUCUGAAAACUCCAUGACGGGUCAGUAG